GCCGAGCCGGGAGCAGGAGCCCUGAGACAUCCUCGGCCAGGGGACGUAUGGCAAGGAGGGGUUUGGGAGAUUGAGCCCAGAACGAGACGUGUCGCUGUUGCCUUGUGCCACGUGCGGUCAGGUGAAGUGCAGCCCCCUCUCCCCCCCAGCCCCACGGUCCGUCUGCAGCCAUGCUUCACUCUCCGCUGAAAACGGCGCUGGCGUAUGAAUGUUUCCAAGACCAGGCCAGCUCCACGCUGGCCUUGCCCUCGGAUCACAAGCUGAAAACUAAGGGCACAGGAAAACAGAGGGUCCAAGAACAAGUGAUGAUGACGGUGAAGCGGCAGAAACAGAAGUCGUCUGUGUCAUCGAGCAUGGGCCACUCCAACCGAGGUUCCAUGUACGAUAGUCUAGCUGAUGGUUACGGCUAUGGGACAUCCCGGAGCAGCUACUAUGCCAAAACCCAAACAGGAAACAGCAGCUGGGGAUAUCCGCUGUACAAUGGGACGCUGAAGCGGGAUGCGGAGAACAGACGCUACAGCUCGUACAGCCAGAUGGAGGGCUGGGGUAGCAAGCACUACAGCAAGGCUGCUGUCUGCAGCCCCGCCAGAGCUGGCAGCGACUACUGCUUUGUGCAGAACAUCAAGAGCAGCCGGAGCGAGCCGGAUCUCUACUGCGAACCACCCCGGGGCACACUGAGGAAGAGUCAGGUGGGGAACCGGGCAGAGCACAAGACAACCUUGAACCGCCAGAGCAUCUACAGCAGCUGCAGCACCCAGCAAGGAACUACCAGGACAAGUAAAAAAAUGCCAGCACGGGCCCUCUCCUGCCCCUCCAGCAACAAGGCAGAGGUGGUCUAUGCCCAGCCCAUGAUGAGCAGCAAGCAGGACGUGGUUUAUGGACAGGCUCAGUCCAGCUCCAAAGUAUGUGGUGAUGAAAUAGACGGCGGUGCAAUGACCAUCCAGAAAGCGAUACAACUUCUGUGCUCCUCCGAUGACAAAUACCAAGCUAUGGGUGCUUACUACCUCCAGCACACCUGCUUCCAGGAUGAGUCUGCCAAGCAAGAGGUCUAUCGGCUGGGGGGAAUCGCCAAGCUCGUUGAACUGCUCCGCAGCACAAACCAGAACGUUCAGCGAGCAGCAGCUGGAGCCCUCCGAAAUCUGGUCUUCAGGAAUCCAACCAACAAGAUAGAAACCCGACGGCAGAAUGGGAUAAGGGAGUGUGUGAGCCUUCUACGGAGAACGGGGAACACGGAAAUCCAGAAACAAUUGACAGGACUGCUCUGGAACCUCUCUUCCACCGAUGAAUUAAAAGAAGAGUUGAUACAGGAGGCCCUCCCUGUCUUGACAGACUGUGUUAUCAUCCCUUUCUCUGGCUGGUCUGAUGGCAGCUGCAAUAGGACAAGAGAAAUUAUUGACCCAGAAGUAUUCUUCAAUGCUACAGGAUGUUUGAGAAAUUUGAGUUCUGCAGACAUGGGGCGCCAGACCAUGAGGAAUUACCCUGGCCUGAUUGAUUCAGUCAUGACUUAUGCCCAGAACUGCGUGGCUUCUAACCGACCUGAUGAUAAGUCUGUGGAGAAUUGCAUCUGCAUCCUGCACAAUCUCUCCUACCGCCUGGAUGCCGAAGUUCCCAACAAAUACACCCAGCUCAACCACAUGGCCCGAAGUGUUUACGUGGACAAAACUCUCACAGGCUGCUUCAACAGCAGGAGUGGCAAAGUGGAGAAUGAUGAGUAUGGCAUCCCCCUUCCUGAGGAGGAUUAUAAACCGAAAGGACCCAGCUGGCUCUACCACUCGAAUGCCAUCCGCACCUAUCUGUCCCUGAUGGAGCACAGCAAGAAGGAUGCCACUUUGGAAGCUUGUGCUGGGGCCCUGCAGAACCUCACUGCAAGCCGAGGGCUGAUGUCCAAUGCCAUGAGCCAAUUGAUCGGUUUGAAAGAAAAAGGUUUGCCUCGCAUAGCACGGCUCCUUCAGUCCAACAGCUCUGAAGUUGUCCGGUCUGGGGCUUCUUUGCUGAGCAACAUGUCCCGACAUCCUAUUCUCCACAAAACCAUGGCUCACCAGGUGCUCCCAGAUGUAUCACGUCUCCUAUCAUUCCAGUCUGGAAAUACCAACAGCUUUGGAGAGAUCAUGACAUCAGCCUGUUACACUCUGAGGAACCUCAUCAUGUCCAACCCACACCUGGGAAAGUCUUAUUUGACAAGCAACAUGCUAAAUAAUGUAGUAAGCCUGUGCCGAAAUGGCUCCUGUCCAAAAGCAGCUGAAGCUGCUCGCCUCCUCCUGACAGAUCUUUGGUCAAACAGGGAGCUGCAGAGCGUGCUCAAGCAGCAAGGAUUUGACAAGAACAUGAUGGGAUCUUUAGCUGGAACGACCUUCAGGACCCUCCCCUCCAGAUUCUAGGAGCCUUUCCACGCGUGUUCCCACUGCAGAAUUUGGAUUUGGUUCAUCUCCAGGAAGACAACCCUUGCAGAAUUACUUAGGAUGUUAAAGAUGUAGAGUGUUUGAGUUAAACUCAACUGUAAAGGAAACUAAACGUGCAGAUUUCCUCUGGAUGAUACUGAUAUUUUUAAUCAUUUUCUUCUUUUUAGGGGGGAGAAGGGACUUUUAUUGAGGUUAUACUUUCUUGAUGUCAAUAAUUAUUUUUUUGCAAAAAGUGUGUCUGUGUAACUAUGUAUGUGUAGCUGUGUAUGUGUGCAUGCCCACAACAUACACGUGCACACAUGAUGAGUAGGAUCUUCCUACAGGCAGAGUCCCCUGUCUUCCACUGAAAGUCAGUGUGAGUUGUGCAAUUAACCCCCUUGCAGAGUUUUGACAAAUUCCGCCUUAUCUGUGCACCAAAUACUGCCACACAAAAUACUUGUCACAACCUAGUUUUACCCACGAGUAUAAAAUUGCCAAUUAUAUGCUAAGUGUUUACCCCAUUGCAUAUGGCUCAUAAACAGAUACACACCACAGUGCUCUUCUUUAAAAAGCUUGUUAUUCCUAACAUUUAUGAACAUGGGCUUCUUUUCUGCUUUUGGAUUGUUCUCAAAUGAGCUCUUAUAGUUAUUAGUAUUUUCUUUCAUGUCACAUGAAUUCUUUAUCUUAAGAAGCAAAUUCAUGUCUGCAAACUCUCCUGGCUCUCAGUAACCAUUCUCUGAAGCUAUAUGCUAGGGGCAACUGUAAUACAUCUGCAGAGCAUGAAUAUACUGGGGUCCCAAAUCACUCUGAGCAUUAGAACAAUCAUUCUGAACACUAGAACAACUCAAUCUUGUAAAAUAUGUCCAAUUCUUUCCUUUAUAACAAUGUACCUAGACAAAUCUGGCAUUUGAGAAGCUGAGCUGGAGACAUCAAAUGCUGUUUUUUCCAGGAUUGUUUACUGCUACAUAGGGCUUGAACAUGAGGGAUUUGGCGUUUUUAAUCACAUUUUGUUUUUACUAAUCCAUGUAAAGAAUUAGUAUUAAGAUGCAAAGGGAUGUAAACAGUUGUGUGAAGUCAGAUUUGGAAAUAUUUUAUUUCUCAGUAUCUUUAAUUACCUGAAUCACUCUGUCCUGCUAAAGCUGUGAUAGGGGACUGCUGAGCUCCUUUUAGGGCAACCCACCUUUUCCUGUGGCACUAACCAUGUCACGAAAGCCCCUACCCAGGAGGGGACAUAGCUCAGAGCCACCGGGACAGGAUCAGCUACAUCUUCUGAACGCACUGGCUGGCAGUCCCACACGCUAGAUUAUUGCUUCUUUGAACGAUGCGGGGCCACAGUACACUGUUCUGCAAAUAUCACAUAUCCAGGAGGUGCUUGGGAAGGACAAAUUACAGAACAGAGUCUGGAUAGGGAAAAGCGUCUUGUUUUUUGUGAGGGAGGUAAAAGCUGGUGUCAGACUCCCAAGUUGCUGGAAAUCAGUAUAGCCCCAUUCACUUCAUAUAAGUGCUGUGAUUUGUGCCCAUUAAGGGUCUGUCCAUAAAGUUCAGAUUUGCUCUGAUAUGGCUCUAGAUGUAAGAAAGAGUGGCAUUUGCCCCCUAUUCAGGCCACGUGGAGCACGUGUCUGCGGAGAGGGUGCCAGAAGGAAAUGGUUUGCCAGCUGGUUUUUCUCUUGCACUACAAAGGGUGGCUUCAUCUUGUGCACUUUAAUGAGCAACAACUAUUUGCUUGCAUUCACCCACGUUCAGUCGAGAGCUUUCUGUGCAGAGCUCUCAGCCAAAUGAAAGAGAAAAAAGCACCUUUGAAGUGGAGAGCUAGAACCAGGUGAAUCCAGUAGGACAGUUUCAGGAGCAUUUAAGCAGCAGCAAAGGAGCCUGGGCCUGUGGGCAUGCCCUUGCCAUGCCUGUCAGCUGUUAAGUAUUUGGAUAUAUCUUCUCAGGUACAUGGUUCAAAAUGUUUUCAGCAGGACCCAAGACUAUGGAUGUCCAAAAUGGCUGCAAUAUCCACAGGCAAGAUGUUACAGUUUUGGUGUAAAAGUGUGUUGUGUGCAAUUUUGCAUUCAGAUUUCUUCCUGUAAUUACACGUUUUCAGCAGGAGUUCUGGGAGCUAAUGUUUUUUCCUCUGUAAAAUUAAUUGGGAAAGCAAUUCAAAUUUGAACAAAAUGUGAUAAUGGAAUAUUGAGGAAAUCCAUUCUAAUUGGCUGUUAUUUAACCUUUAUUUUAAAUAGUUCUGCUUUCACUGAAGAUUUAGUUUACUGUAUCACUAUAUAAGGUGCGAAGAGCUGUAGCUAUAUGAUAAUGACAUGGCAAUUAUAUCUUUCACAAGCACUGGAGGUUUCAUUAGUAAUUAUUAAACAUGAAGAAACAGAUACAUCAUUCACAUAAAUUCUAUUAAGUUCAGCAAACUGCUUUUGCCAAAGCUAAUAAAAUAAUAAAAAUAAAAUCUGUCUCCAUCCUUGGAGAUCUUCAGAACUAGACUAGACAAGGCCAUGAGCAACCUGAUCUGGCUUUGAAGUUAUCCUUGGUUGGAACAGGAGAUCGAACCAGAGAGGUCCGUUCUGACCUAAAUUUUUUUAUGAUGCUGUGUGGUACUGCUCUCAUACCUCAAAAUAAGGAGAGAGCAGUGUGCUGAGUGAGUUGUAACCACUCAGUCAUCCCAGGGCUAUUUUGCAGCUAUUCUUUCGCCAGGAAAUUUUCUGAUGCUUAACUCUAUUUUCCUCUCAGUCUUUCUUUUUGAAAUCUGGACUACCGACUCUGCCCAAGUCAGGGAAGUGACACUGAUGUCAGAUGGUUAGAGAAAGGAAAAUUAGAGUUAUGGGAGUAACUGAUGCUGUUUAUAACCAGCAGUUUCAGGAACUUCUUUUCCAAACAACACUCUUACCAGGGGCAGAGUUCAGCGAGGUACUCGCUGCAGUGGAUGGAUGCUAUUCUCAGACAUUGUUUUCUAAAGGCAUGUCUUUGACUGUGACAUCCUCUUCGAUGAGCUAUUUUCCCUGUUUUUUUUGCUUGUUUGAGAGCCAAGGUAGGGCAUAUCCCCAAUUUUACUGAUGAGGGCAGACCUACAGUACAUAGCACACGCUCUGAGUCAUAGUGAUGGAGAACUGAGGAGGGAAGGACCGUAGCUAGCAGCACUGUUAGCUCUGGCAGCAGUGGAAGUGAGAGCAGUUAGGGCAUGAUUCGUGCGCAGGACAUGCAUCAUGUAAAUAAAUACCAUACUUGUUUGUCCUGGGCAUAGCAGACUAUUUUGGUCUAUUUUCUCAUAAGUGCUUUGUUUGUUUUGUUUAUGUAAAAUCCAACUGACCCCAGCAUUUCAGAAGCCUCAUGGACGAGUAGAAGGGAGUAGGCAGUUUUAUUCCUCUCUGACCACACACCAGUUUCAGAUCAACUUUGCCUACCAGUCCAUAGCUAUACAGUGUAUUCUGUAAGAUAUAGGUAUGUGAGAAUAAUGUAUCAGAGUUUUGUUUUGGCUGUACUGUAUGUAUUUGCUUCAUUGGAAAAGCUGAAAUCAAUAAAAAUUGCUGAAAUUUC